GUACAAGUACAAUACAUUAAAACAUGUAUACAAUAUAAUAAUAUAACUAGUUUAUAUAUAAAUAUGUAAUGAACAACAAGAAAAGCUUUUUAUUAUAUGUAUUAAUUCAAAAAGAAGAAGAAGAAGAAGAAGAUUGAAGAGAAAAUAUGAGUGGGGGCGGCGAUGAAGAUUGGGGGUCGGCGGAGGAGACGAAGCUUAGUCCGGCAGCACAGUUGUUUCAAUCAUCAAAAUUCAAUUGUUAUAUUGUCACAAUCAUAGGUUGCAAGACCACCAUGGAUUCUCAGGUCAUCAAAGCUGGUUUAGCUCAAACUUUGCUUAAACACCCUCGUCUCUCCUCCAAACUGGUAGUAAACGACAGCAUAUUUGGAAGAAGAAGAAGAUGGGUUCCAACUCCGGUGAAGCUAGAAGAACACGUCUUCGUUCCGACCUUCGAUUCCAAACCAGAAAAUCCAAAUCAAUUUCUUCAAGACUACGUUUCCCAUCUCACAACCAACCCUCUCGAUAUCUCCAAACCCUUAUGGGAGCUUCACCUUCUAAACCUCCCUACUUCCGAUGCAGAAUCCGUCGGAAUUUUCAGAAUCCACCACUCCGUCGGCGACGGAGCUUCCCUCAUGUCCCUACUCCUCGCCUGUACCCGCCAAACCUCCGACCCUGAAAAGUUACCCACUCUUCCAGCGCCGUUGAAACGGUCGGCGGAGACUGAAGAUUCUGAGGGUCACUGCGGUGGCCGGUUUUUGUGGAUCUUGACGGCGAUUUGGUCGGCGAUUACCUUGAUAUGGAACACGUUGGUGGAUAUAAUGGUGUUUGUAUCGACGAUUUUGUUCUUGAAAGAUACCAAAACUCCGAUUAAAGGGUUAAAAGGGGUUGAGAAGAAUACUAAGAGAUUCGUACAUCGGACCAUUAGUCUUGACCACAUCAAAUUGAUCAAGAACACAACCAAUACGACUAUUAAUGAUGUUUUAUUGGGAAUAACACAAGCUGGUCUAUCGAAGUAUUUGAAUCGCAGAUAUGGUCUAAUUGCAAAAGAUGAAGGAACAAAGGAGAAGAAGAAUUAUCUUCCUAAACAUAUUCGGCUAAGUGCAACUGUACUUGUUAAUCUAAGACCAACUCUGGGGAUUGAGGCUUUAGCAGAUAUGAUGGCCAAGAAUUCAAAGACCAAAUGGGGUAAUUGGAUAGGAUACCUAUUGCUCCCUUUCAACAUUGCUCUACAAGAUGAUCCAUUGGACUAUGUUCGGCAAGCUAAAGCCGUUAUCGAUCGAAAAAAGCACUCGUUUGAAGCUAUCUGCACAUACUUCUGUGCUCAACUUCUUCUCAAAAUUUUAGGAGCUGAGUUAACUGCAGCUACUGCACUUAGAGCUAUUUCUAGCACUACUCUGGCCUUUUCUAACUUGAUGGGACCACUGGAAGAAGUAAGCUUCUACGGCCAUCGAAUCGCGUACCUUGCCCCGAGCGUUUAUGGUCAUCCACAUGCAUUAACGAUACAUUUUCAGAGCUAUGUUGACAAUAUGACUAUUGCUCUGGCGGUUGACCCAAAUGUGAUUCCUGAUCCACAACAGUUGCUUGAUGAUGUAGAGCAAUCUCUUCAACUCAUUAGGGGGACUAUUCUUGAGCAGAGGAUGAACAAGGAAAUUGUCUAACUUGAUGAUUUUUUUUUUGUCACAUCAGUAAUUAAUUAAUUAUUUUUUAAAAUGUACAUUAAUAUGCACACAUGUUGAUUAAUAUCAUUUCAAGAUCAUGUUGUCUAAAAUUUUCAAAAGCUCCUAAUUCAAACAUGGAAUUAUUACAACCA